UGACACAUCUUCAACAUAAGGGAAAGCUUCCUCCUUGGAAGCGUUUUAUUUGCUAACCUUGGGGAGAGGUUGGCUCCUUCUUAUGGUUAGCAUUUUCUGAGGUUAUUAAAGAGCUAGUCGCGUUGGCAAGCAGAGACUGUCAGGCGUUAAAUGUGCCAUAAGUGACCCACAGUUAGCUUUCUAGCUCAGCAGCUCGCGAGAACAGAGCUUCUUAAGCUAGUCAGCGCUAACGCUAACUAGCUAACUGAGGAGACCGAGUCCGUAACAUUUAACGUUGGAGAGCUACAUUCAUCAAAGACAGCAGCUGAAGGGGAUAUCUGUUAUUGCUGUAGCUACAGGACGUGUUACAAAGUAGCAGCACAAGCAAGCCUGUAGAGAAACUGAAGUGAAAUUACAGGCUACAGAUGAAGAUGAACACAUCCUUCCCAUGGUUUCCCAUGAAUCUCACCUGGCGUGGGAGGGUGUUGUGAGAACGGAGGAAGCAACACAAGGGGACUAUAAACAAGAGUCAUGAAUCUCCAUCAGGUCCUCACAGGGGCUGUGAACCCUGGAGACAAUUGUUUCUCUGUAGGGAGCAUCAACAAUGUGCCAUUCACAGCCUACGCGUCAGGUUGUGACGUGGUGAUUUUGGGCAGUGACUUUGAGCGGCUGCAGAUCAUCCCAGGGGCAAAACAUGGCAACAUCCAGGUCGGCUGUGUCGACUGCUCUCUGCGGGGUGGACAGAUUGCAGCUUCCUAUGGAAGCAUUGUGUGUGUCUUUGAGCCUGUUCAGCCCCCGGAUCAAAAAGACACAUCGCUGACUAAGUCGAAUUGCCAAUGGCAGAAGACUGGUCAAUUUGUAUUAAAGUCAAUGGUACGAAACCUGGCCUGGCACCCCACAGGAAGCACUCUCUUAACAGGCUCUAGUAGCCUCCAGUUGUGGUCUAAUAUUGAUGGGGUGAAAGAUGAAGCUGAAGAAGUGCCAAAGCAGACAGAAAUGACCAUAGGAGACCCUCAUUCUGCUUGGAGCUGCAUCUGGCAAAGCAAGACGGCCUCUCCAGUCAGUUUAAUGAAGUUCUCUCCUGAUGGGGAAUUCUUUGCUACUGCUGGGCAGGAUGACUGCCUAGUAAAGGUCUGGUACAGCACCAGUAAGUGGAAGUCAGGUGUUUCCAGACUCUUCACACCUCCAGAACCCAGUGUCAGUUUCCAGGGAGAGCUGGCCUUUUCCUUUGUCUACCUGGCCCAUCCCCGCUCUGUUACUGGCUUUUCUUGGAGGAAGACCAGCAAGUACAUGCCACGAGGUGCGGUGUGCAAUGUUCUGCUCACCUGCUGUAAGGACAGCGUGUGUCGGCUCUGGGCAGAGACACUGUUGCCGGGUGACAGCCUCCUGUCUGGUUACCAUAACAACCACACUUCUGGCCAACAUGGUGACACACCCAAAUGUGCUGGCCCUUCUUGGAAAAAUGGCUGCAAUGGCAAGUCGCAAGGCAGAACAGCACAGGAAUCAAAUUUUCAAGAAUCAUUGCACGCCUCCUUUUGCCGGGAUGUCCCUCAGCCCUCUCUGACUGGCUGCCUGCCUCACCAUCAGAGCCGACACUACAACCACAAGAGGAGCAGCAGUAUCACGCCUCAUGCCAACGCGCUCUGCCACUUCCAUAUCGCUGCCAGCAUCAACCCUGCCACAGACAUUCCUUUGCUGCCUUCCAUCUCCUCUCUGAGUGCCGUGGAUGACGAGGAACCCGGAGGUCCUUUUACUGUCCACUGGCUCAACAACAAAGAGCUUCAUUUCACUUUGGCCAUGGAAGUCUUCCUGCAGCAGCUCCGAGGCAGCCUGGAGCAACAGAAUGAAUGUUCCCAGGAAGAGCCUGAAGAUGAAGAUAACUUUGAUGAGGAAGAUAAUAGUAGCAGGCCAAGUGACUCCCAGGGACCUGAGGCUGUUGAGCUCCCUCUGGCAGCAGUGAAGCACCAGGUGGACGUGCUGUUAGAAGAGUGGAAUAAAGGAGCAGACAUGUUGUUCAGUAUCCAUCCCACGGACGGCUCUCUGUUAGUCUGGCAUGUCGACUGGUUAGAUGAAUACCAGCCAGGCAUGUUCAGACAAGCUCAGGUGUCGUUUGUGUCCCGUAUCCCUGUCGCGUUCCCUACAGGUGAUGCAAUCUCCCUCAGCCACAGUGUGGUUAUGUAUGCCUGCAACAAGAACGUAGAUUUGGCUAUCCAACAUGGCAGACAGCGACCGCCUGGGAGCACAUUGCCUCAAACCAAAUCUGCUCUAAUAAGCUACGGAGGUCAAGGAAAAGCUGCACCCAGCAGUAGUCUUCGACUAAGCAUUUUCACCCCCAACGUCCUUAUGAUCUCCAAACACGCCGAUGGCUCCUUGAACCAGUGGGCUGUCAGCUUCGCAGAGGACUCUGCUUUCUCCACUGUGCUCAGCGUCUCUCAUAAGUCACGGUACUGUGGCCACCGCUUCCACCUCAAUGAGCUGGCCUGUCACUCAUUGUUGCCUCUCCUUCUCACCACCUCCCACCACAACGCCCUGAGGACACCAGAGGCAGACAGCAUCCUGGCUCCUCCGGACGCCUACUCCACCGGUUUCCCUCAUCCAACAUCUCUGCCCCGAAGGUCACAGCCCAGCCGAGCGUCCCUGGGUGCAGUUUCCCAGGAUCCCAAUGCGAUCUACAGUGAGCUGAUUUUAUGGAGAGUGGACCCUGUUGGGCCACUGUCUUUGUCAGGCGGUGUCUCUGAGCUAGCUCGGAUCAAUUCUCUCCAUGCCUCAGCAUUUGCUAACAUAGCCUGGCUGCCCACGUUCAUUCCCAGCAGCUGUUUAGGUGUGUACUGUAAUUCUCCCAGCGCCUGCUUUGUGGCAAGUGACGGCCACUCUCUCAGGCUGUAUCAGGCUGUAAUUGAAGCUAAGAAACUCCUGAGUGAGCUCUCCAAUCCUGAGAUAUCUAAAUAUGUUGGGGAGGUGUUCAGCAUCAUCAGUCAGCAAUCCACAGCAAAGCCAGGGUGUAUAAUAGAGCUGGAUGCCAUUACUGACUUUCAGGGGAAGCAGACCCAACUCCUACAUGUUUUUGAAGAGGAUCUGAUCCUCGGCAGUGAGAGAACAGAGAGCACACAGGAAACUCCUGAUUCUCCACACACUGCCUCAAGCGAGGCGGCCUUUUCAGCACGAUUUUUCCUUGUGGUGGUCGAAUUGACCCCGACAGGUCGUUCGCUCCUCCACAUGUGGCAUCUCCAUCUUGCUGCUCAACCCAUCACCAUGGAAGAGACCACAAAGGAGAAAGAUGCCACCACAGCUUCUCCUAUGAACAGCUCUACGUUUAGCUUUGACACGUAUGGUUCUCCAGUAACUCCGAGGAGUAAACCCUGCACUUCCAAUCUGCAGAGUGCCUGUCGCCUCAGCCUCACAACACACAGGCUGUACAGCCAGGAGAUGGCUCUGCCAGAAGGGGUUGAAGCCAUCAGCAUUACACCCUCAGCAGGUCACCUGAGCGCGUCAUGUUCUCUGCCAGCUGACCGUGUGCCUUACCUCCUUGCUACUUCCUGUUCUGAUGGGAAGGUGCGAUUCUGGAGGUGUAGUGUCAUGGAGACGGAGCCUUCCAGUAUGGACAGCUUGGUGUACCAGUGGGAGGAGUGGCCUCUGCUGGUGGAAGAGAGGCUUCCCAACAGCAGCGCAGUAAGCGUGCUGGGUCAGCCCAUCGAGGUCAGCUGCUGUCACUCUGGACGGAUUGCAGUCGCCUACAGGCAGCUGCCAAACACACCUCUGAUCUCAACACCUUGUCUGAACACUCACGGACUGUUGACUUCUCCUCCCAAUUUGGCUUCUUCCCCUUAUGUGAACUACAAUAACACCCACCUGACCCCAACCCUGACUGUACAGCGUAGUCCAAAUCACACUCCAUGCCUCAGCUUAGGAAACACUAGAGAGCCAUUAGUCCACAUUAGCAUCUUCCAGUGUGAGUCGACUGGUGGUUCGCAGUGGAUUCUAGAGCAGACAAUAGUCCUAGACAGCACAGAUCCCACAACUGGAACUACCAAUAUUCCAGGUAGCAUCGACCUCCCUUUGCCUAACGAGGACUGUCCUGGCUCUUCUAGCAAGAGCCUGGUUCAUUUGGACUGGGUUUCACAAGAAGAUGGGUCACAUGUUCUGACUGUUGGUAUUGGUACAAAGAUUUAUAUGUACGGUCGUCUCUCUGGGAAGCCUCCAGAACUGGGCUUGUCAUCAGAUGCUGGUAAAGACCAGAGCUUGUCUCGCCUGGUUAUGCUUCGGUCAGUCGAUCUGGUCUCCUCUGUAGAAGGCUCAUUACCCAUCCCAGUCUCACUAUCCUGGGUACGAGAUGGUAUUUUGGUCGUGGGCAUGGACUGUGAGAUGCACGUCUACUCCCAGUGGCAGCCCCCAGCACCGUGCAAACCCAGUGUCCUGAUUGCCCAAGACACAGACAUCAGCAGCAGCGUCUCCUCAAUAAUCUCAGCCAUCAGACAGAGCCAGGAGGAAGGUCUGAGUCUUGGGGCCCCCAUGUCUACACUGGCCCCUCCCAAAAAGGCCCUGACGAGAUCAAUGAUGAGCCUGGCUCAGAAACUCAGCGGGAAGAGAACAGCUUAUGACCUGCCGAUAGAGAUGGAAGAUUCUGGGCUUUUUGAAGCAGCUCAUCAACUCUUUCCCACUCUGCCCCAGUACCAUCCAGUACAGUUACGGGAGCUCAUGGAUCUAGGCAAGGUUCACCGUGCCAAAGCCAUCCUCUCCCAUCUGGUGAAAUGCAUCGCUGGAGAAAUUGUGGCACUUAAAGACAAUGCCACCAAUCCUGAGAAACGUGUGCGCUCUCGAACCAUCAGCGCCGGAGGCAGCACAGCCAGGGACCGGAAGAUGUUUAGCAAAGGAGAAAACUCCAGUCCUGACUACACAGAGAUAAGCUCCAUCCCUCCACUGCCUCUGUACGCCCUUCUGGCAGCAGAUGAAGAUACAUCACCAAAACCUGAUAAAGUGGGCGUUGUGAGCGGAGAUAGUGGGCAUGGUUCCAGCCACACUGAUGUUUAUGAUGAGCUGUUUCAUACACCCAGCAUUGUGGACCUGGACCCUCUGGACGAGGAUCAAGAGGAAACUGGGAACAAGGUUAUUGAUCUGUCCCAGUACAGUCCCACAUACUUCGGUCCGGAGCAUGCUCAGGUUCUGUCCAGUCAUCUCCUUCAUUCCAGUUUGCCAGGUUUAACCAGUAUGGAGCAGAUGUCUCUCAUGGCACUGGCCGACACCAUCGCUACCACAAGCACAGACCUGAAGGACAGCCAGGGCAAGAGCAAAGGUGGAGAGACGCUGGAUGAGUGCGGUCUGAAGUUCCUGCUGGCUGUCAGACUCCACACCUUCCUCUCUACCUCUCUUCCUCCAGCACACAGAGCACAGCUGCUACGGCAAGGCCUGUCAACAUGUCAUUAUGCCUGGGCCUUCCACUCUGAGGCUGAGGAGGAGCUGCUGAACAUGCUGCCUGCCCUACAGAAGGGAGAGCCCACCUGGCCUGAGCUGCGCUCCAUGGGCGUGGGCUGGUGGCUGCGCAGCACCAACAAGCUACGCAGGUGUAUCGAGAAGGUUGCCAAGACAUCUUUACAGAGAAACAAUGAUCCUCUGGAUGCAGCUAUAUUUUACCUCGCACUGAAAAAGAAGGCGGUUGUCUGGGGAUUGUACAGGUCUCAGAAGAAUGUAAAAAUGACAGAGUUUUUCCGCAACAACUUCAGUGAGGACCGGUGGAGGAAAGCGGCAUUGAAAAAUGCAUUUUCUCUGUUGGGAAAGCAGCGGUUCCAGCAUUCUGCAGCCUUCUUCCUUCUCGCUGGCUCCCUUAAGGAUGCUGUGGAGGUGUGUAUUGAGAAAAUGCAGGACCUACAGCUGGCCCUGGUUAUCUCCAGAUUGUACGAGUCUGAGUUUGAGAAGGCAUCAACCUACAAAAAGAUCCUCCAGAGACAUGUUCUGGGACAAGACAAGCAGAUUCCAGCUCACCAGGACCCAUUCCUGCGGAGCAUGGCUCACUGGGUCCUGGAGGACUACAGCAGAGCCUUGGACACUCUACUCGAGCAGCCUGCUAACAGCACCAGCUCUGGAUCCACUGAGACCAAAUGUGACACUGGAUCCUCUUCUGUGUCUUCAUGCAACCCUGAGGUUUUCAACUUUUACACCUACCUUCGCACCCAUCCACUCCUCCUCCGCCGCCAUUUUGGUUCCUCGGACAAAGCUAAAGUUGGACUGACCGCCGAGGGUCGCAGGGCUGACUCCAUUAGCCUGGAGGAGAGGAGACUGUUUUUCACAGCUGCAUACGCACACCUGCAAGCUGGCUGCCCCAUGUUAGCACUUGAAGUCCUCUCAAAGAUGCCCAAAGUCCGCAAGCAUUCCAAACCCCCAAACCAAGAGGAUACCGGCAUCGCUGGGGAGCUCAGUGUUGGGAGCAAGAACGGACAAACAUCUGACCCUGAUUGGUCUCAGCCGGCUCUGAACGGCUACGAGUCAGACGCAAACAGUUUAUCCAACAGCCAGUCAGAUUCAGUGCUAAGUUUUGACUGGAGCCAGCCAUCUCUGCCACAAACAGAUGAGCCCCUGGAGCUGAAGUGGGACAGUGACAAAGACGAUGAAGAAGAUGAUGAGGGUGAAGAAGAAACUAAAAAUGGGAAGAGUGUGGGAACUGCAGACAAUAGCAGUGUGUUCCAGGACACGCAGGAUGCCAUGUCGCCGCUAAUGGAGACAGUGACGGAAGAGGACAGUGAGGACCGAACCGACUACUUGGCUCCAUCUGAUGACAUCUUGGCGGCCCAGCUGAAGUUUACUGCCUGCUUAAAGAUAAUGACCAAUGAGCUCCGGACACUAUCGACGGGGUAUGAACUGGAUGGAGGGAAGUUACGUUACCAGCUCUACCAGUGGCUGGAGAGAGAGGUGGUGGCUCUCCAGCGUUGCUGCAGCUACAAGCCCUGCUUGCCAGAGCUGUCUGUCCAGGGUGAUGGCCCAGUUUCUGGUUUGGUGGAGGAGGAACAGCCCGGGAGCCCUCGAGGUGACAGCCAGAGGAGCAGGAGACACUGGCUGCAGAGUAACCAGCCUUUACUGAGGAUGUUUCUGAGCUACUGCAGUUUGCAUGGCUCCCACGGGGGAGGACUGGCUUCUGUGCGCAUGGAGCUCAUACUUUUGCUUCAAGAGUCUCACCAGGAUGACUCCAUCCAGUCAGCGGUGAUGCCAUGUUGUCAGCCAACCGCUAUCCCUCUUCUGAUGGCUUGCACGGCAAAUGUAAAGACAGUGGUGGCCAAUCCCAUCGUCUACCUGACCAACCUGGCUCAUGACAUCUUGCAGACCAUCAAUUCACUGGACUCCCCUCCACAUCCUGAUGUUGUUAACAAUGAGAUUUAUGUGAUGCACACAUUGGCUGCCUCCCUGUCAGCCUGUAUAUAUCAGUGUCUGUGUGAUGCUCACACCCAUAGCCAUGUGAACCAAUUCACAGGAAUCGUGUAUCAGAGUGUUUUGCUGUCUCAGAAGCAGCCCGUCAGGACUGUCAGCAUGGAUGAGUCUGUUCAGCCCAACACUUCCCCUGCACAGUGGCCAGGUAUAGCCUCUCUGAUUCGCCUGUUGAGCUCAGCAGGCGAGGAGAGCCAGCCAGGCUUAGCUGUGCUGCUCUGCGAGAUCCUGACUGCUGUCUUCCUCAGUCUAUUUGUUCACGGCAUGGCCACUCACUCCAGCAACGAGCUGUUUCGCAUCAUGGCCCACCCCCUCAACAGCAAGCUCUGGGUGACUGUGUUCGGAGGAGGCGCCAGGGCUCCUGUCCUCGAGAAACCCAUCAGUCCAACAAGAACACCCCCACCAGUCUCACCAAGCGGCUCAGACAAGAAGUCCAGACGUUUCAGGCUUCUGUCAUCACGAAGUGGAUCGAAGGAAGAGUCAGGGAUAGAGCGGGAGGUCCCAUCCAGUCCCAAGCAGCCCGGUCCUGUAGUGGAACAAGAAGCCACCUCCAUCUUUAAAGAACGAUUUGUCCCUCCAGAGCUCAGCAUUUGGGAUUACUUUAUCACUAAGCCGUUGCUGCCACCAUCAGAAAACAGAAUUGAAUAUGACUCGGAGGAGAGCCAGGGCAGUCAAGAUGAAGAGGAAGAUGAUGAUCAAUAUGACGAUGUUUUUGACCCCAGCUCUCCGCAAAGGGAGCAUUCAAACCACAAUUCAUACAGCUGGUGUUUGAUGCGUCUGGCAAUGGUUCAGCUGGUGUUGGUCAACCUCAAGUCCUUUUACCCAAUGGCAGGAUAUGAUCUAUUAGAUCUGCCUGUGGGCUCUCCUUUGUGUCACGCCGUGUUGAAGACGCUGCAGCGAUGGGAGCAGGUGCUGCAGAAAAGGUUGGAGAUCUUCGGGGGCCCCCCUUCUAAGUACAUCUCCACAGCCCUCCAGGAUGAAACGGCCACACCCGGCCCCGCCCUGCUCAGACACAAGGCCCUGUUUGAACCAUCCAACACCCCGUUCAGGACUAGCCACCAUUCAGCGCUGCCAGUGAAGCGACUGUGGCAGUUUCUGGUCAAACAGGAAGAAGUUCAGGAAACGUUCAUUCGAAACAUCUUCACCAAGAAACGGGACUCAAAUGAGUCGGGUGAGGACCAGACUGACAAUAUGAAAUGUUCAGGGAUGGAGGAAACGGGAAACAAUCAGACUGAGUCAGAUGUGGCCGCCCUCGGAGGAAAGGCACGCAUCAUCCACAAGGAAUCUGACAUCAUCACAGCCUUUGCCAUCAACAAGGCCAAUCGUAAUUGUUUAGUCAUGGCCUCAACCCAUGACAUUCAGGAGCUGGAUGUGUCAUCCAUCUUGGCCACACAGAUCUUGACAUGGAUCGAUGACGAUGACGCCGAAGCCAAAGGUGUUGGUGGUGGUGAUGAUUUCCUGGUGGUCCAUGCACGUGAUGACUUUGCUGCCCUCCACGGCACCACACCGUACACCCACAGCAGCCCCGGCACACCCAUCAACAUGCCGUGGCUGGGAGGAGUGCAGACCGGCCGGGGUGCAUCUGUGAUGAUCAAGAGAAAUAUCAACAAUGUAAGAAGAAUGACCUCCCAUCCCACACUGCCUUACUACCUGACAGGAGCUCAGGAUGGCAGCGUCAGGAUGUUCGAGUGGGGUCACUCCCAGCAGAUCAUCUGCUUCAGAAGUCCAGGCAACUCCAGAGUCACCAGGAUACGAUUCAACCAUCAGGGAAACAAGUUUGGUAUCGUCGAUGCUGAUGGAGGUUUGAGUCUCUGGCAGACAAACACGAGUGGGAAUGCACCUAAACCAUACCUGACGUUGCAGUGCCACAACAAGACAGCUCACGACUUCGUCUUCGUGGGCUCCUCCUCCCUCAUUGCCACUGCAGGUCUUUCAACAGACAACAGGAACGUGUGUCUGUGGGACACUCUGGUGACUCCUGCGAACAGCCUUGUACAUGCUUUCUACUGCCACGAGUCCGGAGCCACCGUGCUCUCGAUGGCUUCCAGGCAGCAGCUGCUUAUCACAGGUGGGAGGAAGGGCUGGAUCAGCGUCCUGGAGCUCGCCCACAGGCACCAGCGUCAGAGCUUCCAGGCUCACGAAUCGCCAGUCAAAGCACUGGCUGUCGAUCCGACUGAGGACUGCUUUAUCAGUGGAUCAGCUGAGGGGAACAUUAAGAUCUGGAGCCUGGCCACACAGUGUCCACUCUUCACCUUUCCCAACGAACACGCUCGCCAGUCGCUGUUCAGGAACCUGGGCACAGGCGUCAUGCAGAUCGAGGUGGGACCGGCCAAUCACAUCUUCUCCUGCGGCGCCGAUGGAACCAUGAAGAUGAGGAUCCUCCCCAACCGCUUCAGUGUCGCUAAUAACAACAACCACGGCAACCUCAAGAACGAUGUCAAGUUCAUCAUAUAGACUAAAAAAGAAAAACAAGAUGGUUUAAGCAGUUUAAUGGAAUAAUGUGAAGUUGGCAGCACUGCUGCUGUGGAAAUACCGUAAUACCUGGAAAAGUGACCGUCAUGCCGUGACUGAACAAUAAUGACAAGUGUUAUCAACCAGAGUAAAUGAAGAAUGGCUGUCAUAACAAAACAAGGUGGAAUAUUACAGACUCUGACAGAGUGAGAUCCAGUGAGUUGUCUGAUCCAGGGGGGCCCAAAUGGUGAAAUGAUCACAUCUGCUGCUCUUUGUUUGGGACGUGAACCCAAGCCGACCAAUCGCAGGAGCCUCUACAAGUGUUUUAAACCGUAGUGGAAGUUAAAGUGGGCACAGGGUAACGACAGAGGGCACAGUCAUUUAGAAUAAACAUUGAGAGAAAGAAUCUCAGCUGCAGAGUCUCCCAAAAAAACUGCCAUGUCAGUGACAACUGAACAGCAUGUGGAGAGCUUUUUUUUUUGCACAGGAAGUGAAGCUGUAGAAGGAGCAGGAGUGAUACCAGACUGUGAAGAGUCUGAAGCUGCAGCAUUGUUCUUCUUAUCAAGUAUCACCAUAUCUAUUAGUUUAUAUUAGUGAAGCAGUUGUGAUAGUGGAAGCUGGAUUCACUGCUGGAGUGUUCAGGUGAUAAAAUACAGUAGACUGUGUGUGCAGUGUGUCGUACAGGGACGGUAAGUGAUCUGACCCUUUAGGGGUUUCCAAUGUCAUCACAAGACUUUUUACAACACUGUUGAACCCACUCAGCACAAUGCAGUAAGGCCAGUGGACAUCGUACAAAGCACAUUAUUAUACCCAGUCACAAAGAUUCCUGUCGCAUUCUGGUGCUCCAUAUAAAUAUUUGAACACAACAUGAAGCAUCUCAGCUGUAGAAGCAGAGGACGAGCAUGAUCAAACCACACUUAACAGGAUGUUAUUAUCUUUUCAGACGUUUGGCUCACACUGCUUUCCAGCCUGACUUGAAAUGAACACAGGAAACUGAUUUUAUAAAGGUAGAAAGAAUAAACGUGUAUCUCUUAAGCAACUCACUAUGCAAAUUAACUUUCUGGCAGAAACAUUAAAUAGGAAGAUUGAUACCACUCAUAGUCUCCUAAAUGUGUGGCUGCAGCCAGCAAAUAUUAGCUUAGCAGUCUUUAAGCUAACCAACUUAGCUUAAAGACAAUGCCGCACAUAAAACUUGUGUUUUUGUUCGGGGUGUCACGAUUUUCCAAAUCUAGAGUUUGAUUAGACUUUUGAUUUAGGGUCGCAGUCAAUUUUUUUUCUUUUUCAGCACUGAAGGCUUUGCCAUUGUUGGACUAUCAAGUCUUGAUUUGUCAAGAUCAACAAAUGGUUUCAGAACUGUCAAUCACAUUUUUAAACUCUUCUUUAAAAAGGUGAGGUUAUUUAUCUUGUGCACACAAGUUAUUAUCUUGUGGUAACAAGCUAAACAGAAAAUAAUUAUUUAACUCGUGCGUACAAGAUAAAAAACAACUUUCAAAUGUUUUCGGGACUUUAGGGGCUCUGUAUUAAGGCCAUAUCCUUCACAUUUGAAUACCUAAUUCCAAAUGUGAGGAACGCGAUAUUGUUGAUAGCAUGAAUUGAAAGCUCAUUUUGAUCAAUUUUUAUACAGAGUUGAGAACGUGAUACCCCUAGUAUUUAUACAGUUUUAAAAAAACAAGAUAUAACAAGUUUUAAAGAUUUUGCUACCUCUGGGCAACUUUUCUUGUUCCCAGUCUCAGCUAAGCUAACCAGCUGCUUGCAAAAGCUUCAUAUUUAACAUGUGAGUGCUGUUGAUCUUCUCAUCCAGUGUUAACUCUUCGGCAGAAAGCGAAUAAGCAUAUUUCAAUUUAAAAAAGGAGAAAUAUUCCAUUAAUUAAUCAUGUGAGUCGCUACCUGAUGUUUUCUUAAUUUUCAUGGACUACCUGAAUGCGCCAUUUCUCUCACUCUAUUUGCACAUAAACAUGAAGCUAAAUUAUAUGUAGUGUAAUGCAUAUAACUAUAUGAGGCAGGAUAUCAGUAAAGCAGUCCAAGCCUUUGUUAAUGAGGUAAAUAUUAAUAGUACGAUGGUAGUAGAUUAAACCAAUGGUAUUAUUAUUAUUAUUAUUAUUAUUAAGUGUCCUUAAAUCUCUGAAAACUAAUUAUAUCAUGCUGGCACAGUACUGUAAUACUGUUGGUCCUGAUAAUAUGGUUUAUUGAUAUUAAGUUGCAAAAAGUAGCUUUAAUUUAACAAAGCCCUCGUUGCUAUGGGACUCCGUGAAUAAUACCUUUUCGGCUGUGUUUUGUUUAUAAUAUUAAGCUUAAGAACAUGUAGCAGGAAACUUUGCUGUUGACAAUGGAAACGGGGGGUUGGGGUGGGGCAGUUAAAUACGUUUUAAUGAAUAUACUAUUUUGUUGUGGAAAUGUUUUAUUCCAAUAACAAUGCACUUCCCUUUCAUCGACUCAAAGCUUUGAUUUGCCAUACGGACCAUGAUUGAAAACUGCCUUGGAAACAAUAUUGUUUGCCUUGUAGUGAUCUUCGUUGUUUUAGCAGUCUUGCUUCAUCUGGCUUGCUGUUUACUUCCUUUGUCACAAUUAUACAAAUUACCUGAACUUUUUAUUUUAUUUUAAUCAUUCAGUUGCUUUGUAUAUCAUCCAAACGCAGCACAUUGCCUUCACUACAUGCUUGAAAAAAUGUAAUCUAGAUUGGUGUGUAAUAUUUUGUCUUCCACAUAAAUAAGGAAGAGAUUGAUGCAGACAGUCCUGAUAUAAUCUAAUCCAUGAAGCUACCUGCCCAUAGAACCUUGUUGUGCUGCUGUAGGGAAACAUAUGUAUAUUAGCUUUGAUUUCAGGGAGGAUAAACUGAGGAAAAACCUUUUAGAUGAAGCAGAUUUAUUGCAGUUAUGUACAUACAUAGAUUCAUAAACUAGGCUUCUCAUAAUCACGACUAGUUGUAGAUUUGACAAAAGCCACUAUGAAGAAUAUCAUUCUGUAUAAUUACAGGUAUAUUUAUGAAAUAUGUUCAUAUUUAGGAUUAUAGGCUGAGUGAUCAAAAGGCAGAUGUAAUAUUAUUUCCUGCUUUUUUUUCUCUUAUUGGGUCACCAUUUCUUUCGUUUUUCUCAUUAUUUCCUGAUGUGGGCUUGAACGAACAUGUUGUUAUAUUGCUCUGUUUCCCCCACAAAUCAAAGUGGCUGGAAACUGAUGUGUACUCCUGCAGCAACUGGAGGUUAAAUCAUUUUUAUCAAAGCCAAACUAUAUGUACUCUGACAGAAACUGGAGAAUAAAAUCAAUUUUAUCAAAGCAAGUGCUUUUUUCCCCCCAAAUACUGCCUUUUUCCUUUAUAGACACGCAUCACAACCAGUUAGACCACACAAGUGUGUCAGGGUGCAUUAAACAAACUCACUCAGCUAAAUCAAAUAUCACGUUAAACUAACUUCUUCCUUUUUUCUUUCCCCUCCUCAAUCUUACAAAUGUGAAUUUGAUCAGAUAGUUCUAAUUUUAUAAUGUCGUGUAAAUCAAUGUAUUAUAAACAGAAAAUGUACUGAUGUAAUAAAAAAUAUUAUGUAACUUGA